AAAUAUUUCAUGACUGCUUUCUUUAAACCAUGGAGAUUGCCAAGGGAGCAGGAUAAACACAAUCCAAAGUGCUCACAGGAAGCCUUCAGUUGAAUUUUCUAAUUCAAGCAGAACAAUCAACCUUUCGGUGGUCUGAUCUGAGAAUUCAAAAUUGAAAAUGAGAGAGGUUAUUUCUAUUCAUAUCGGCCAAGCUGGUUGCCAAAUGGGCAACGCAUGUUGGGAGCUUUACUGUUUAGAGCAUGGAAUUCAACCCGAUGGAAUGAUGCCAAAUAAUGACUCUAUUGGAGUAGCUGAUGAUUCCUUUAACACGUUUUUCUCGGAAACAAGUUCUGGGAAACACGUACCAAGGGCAAUUUUCGUUGAUUUGGAACCGACGGUGGUAGAUGAGAUAAGAAGCGGAACUUAUCGACAACUAUUUCAUCCUGAUCAACUCAUUACCGGUAAAGAAGAUGCAGCAAAUAACUAUGCUCGUGGCCACUAUACUAUUGGCAAGGAGCAAAUCGAUGUCACAAUUAAUCGGGUGAAAAAAUUGGCAGAGCAAUGCCCCGCUCUUCAAGGAUUUUUGGUCUUUCAUUCGUUUGGCGGAGGCACAGGAUCUGGAUUUGCGUCGCUUCUGCUAGAGCGGCUGUCAAUUGAUUACGGGAGGAAGGCAAAGCUGGGGUUUUCCAUUUACCCCGCCCCCCACAUUUCCACCGCUAUCGUGGAACCAUACAAUGCCUUACUCUACACCCAUACAACAUUGGAACAUACUGACGUUGCGUUUUUAGUGGAUAAUCAAGCUAUAUACGAUAUCUGUAGAGACAACCUUGAUCUAAAGCGACCAACUUAUACAAACUUGAAUCGUCUGAUAGCUCAAAUCAUCUCUUCUAUAACGGCCUCUUUACGGUUUGAUGGCGCUCUAAAUGUUGAUCUCAAUGAGUUCCAAACAAACCUGGUUCCUUACCCGAGGAUUCAUUACCCAUUAGCAACGUAUGGCCCUGUCAUAUCUGCAGACAAGGCUUACCAUGAAAGGCUCUCCGUGAGCGAAAUAACCAAAAACUGCUUCGAGCCUCAAAAUCAAAUGGUUAAAUGCGAUCCUCGUAAAGGGAAGUAUAUGGCUAUCUGUUUGCUUUACCGAGGAGAUGUUGUACCCAAGGAUGUGAAUGCAGCUAUAGCAGAUAUCAAAGUAAAGAAGACGUUGCAGUUUGUCGAUUGGUGCCCUACUGGAUUUAAAGUCGGCAUAAAUUACCAACCUCCAACCGUUGUCCCCGGGGGUGACCUCGCGUCCGUCCAAAGAGCUGUUUCAAUCCUAAGUAACACGACAGCAAUAAGAGAGGCAUGGGCAAACCUGGAUCAUAAAUUUGAUCUAAUGUAUGCCAAACGAGCUUUUGUUCAUUGGUACGUUGGCGAAGGCAUGGAAGAAGGAGAAUUUUCCGAAGCUCGAGAAGAUAUGGCUGCCUUGGAACUCGACUACGAGGAGGUUGGCAACGAUAACUAUUCGGACGAAGAAGACGAUGAUGGUUACGUGGCUGAACGUGGUUAUACGGCACCGAAAAGAACAACACGUAAACAAGCUAGUUCCACUGCUCAAAGCACACGAGAGAACAGCCAUUAUCAAAGCCGGGAUAAAAGUCGAAGCCGAAGCCAAAGCCGAAGUCGAAGUCGAAGCGUAAGCCGCAGCCGGGAUCGUAGUCGGGACUAUUCUCGAAGUCGGGAUCACUCACGUAGUCGCGAUUACUCAAGAAGCCGAGACCCAUCACGCAGCAGAGACAACUCCAGGAGCAGGUCAACAAGUCGCAGACGCUGAAACCACUCUACGUUAUGUACUACAAGAACAUUGAUUGACUCGUCAAACUCUGGCUUGUUAGAAAGAAAUUGGCAUUGUAUGUAGAAAAUUCGGGACGAAUCAUCGUCGAUGUCAUUUGUACAAUUCAUUUUAUUGGGGUCGCACAUUCGCUGAAAUCCAUCUGGUAAGAUUUUUAAUACCGUGGUCCAUUUGUCUUGAGAUAAAGAAAGGUGUUUUUUGGCAAUUAUGAGAGCGGACUGGCGAAUGACCUAAAACAAAUGAAUCACCAAGUGACGUGGUCGAGGUCCCACGUCAGAGUUUUCAACCUAAUGCGCCAAUCUUUAACAAGCUAGAGUUAAACAAGUCAAAACAGGUUGCAUAGAAGAAGUUUUAUAAUGUGUUGUAAUGAUUUAGACUUCUGAAGACAGAAGCAAGUUUGAAUUUUCUGCCUUUUCAGAUAAUGAAGCAUUAAAAACAAGAUGUAAAAUCAAAGUUAUUUUUUCCAAUUUCAUUUGAAUGAUGGAGGUAAAGAGAUAACAUGAUCUUUCCUCACAAGCAAUGGCCCUGGCAACUGUCAACAUAUUGAUAAGGAUUUGGAAAAACUGAUGUUCCAAAAAGUUACAUGGAUGGUUCAGUCAAUACCAGUCAAUUUACGCAACAGAGAAUGUGAAACUUUUCAAAGGAAACUGACCAGAAGUGUGCUUUUACGGCCAAGGGAACAUGUUGUCAGACUAGUAAAAUUGUCUCCAAAAUACAUAGCUCCCUGUCCUUUAUGUCCUUUUGUGACAUUUACAGUUGUUUUCGACAUCAUUUUUGUUUUGUAAGCAGUUGCUAGGAGCACUUGUGGGUGCCAUUUUUGGGAGACGAAGUACCACUGAGUGAAGAAAUCCUUGUUUGGAUGUACGUACUGCUUGCAAAAAGAGGAUGAAAGAUCCUUUCACGCUCCAUCCAUCUUUCAAGCACUCUUGAGAAAAAUAAUACCAUCUUUAAAUAUUGUUCCUAAAGCUUCCAUCUUUCGUAAGGCGAAAACCGGAGCUUAUAAAACUGGCACUUUUUCUUAAGCUUGGUUAUUACAACAACAAUUAAAAAUUCAUUCUACGUACCCUAUAUUUGCCUUGAUCAAUUUCCGUGUUUCUUAGCAAAUGUUUUGAGUGACCUGUUUUUUUUCCAAUUUGAGUGUUCCUUCUUCGACUUCAAAAAUUAAAUAAAAUGAUGGAAUGAAAAUUUGC